UUCCUUCCGCAGCCGGACUCCGAGUUGGCCACGAAGCAAGCCAACAUUUUAAAAAUGAACUAGAGCGCAGCAACAUGGCCUGCUUGCGGAUCCGAGCGCUCAUGGCGUUGCCUCUGAUGUGCUCCAUCCCAAUCGGACUUUGUCGGGGAACCACCGCCACUUGCAGACCUUUCUGCAUCGGGACCGACUGCCUGCUGGUCAUCCCGGACCGGGUGGAUUUCACCACAGCCCGGCAAAGUUGCCGAGCCGGGAAGGGAGAGCUAAUGACAUUUCAAUCAGCGGGCGAUGAGAGAUUACUCGAUGUUGUGAGGCAAGAACUGGGCGGAAGCUUCUGGAUUGGACUGCACUUACCGACCGGCGCCUGCAGUAGCCUCUCAGCUCCCAUGAGAGGCUACGAGUGGACCUCUGGUGGCGGACACAGCCACUCCCUCCCAUCUCUCAUCACCUGGAAGGACGCUGUGCGGGUCUGUUCGCCGCGCUGCGUGUCGCUUUCCAACGGUCACAGGUUCACGGAAAGGCCGUGCUCGGAGAGAACCGACGGCUUCCUGUGCCGGAGCCGGCACAAAGACGCGUGCCAGGCGGGAGAACUGUCCGAUGGGGAUUUUUUCCGUAGCUCCAAGGGCUGCUCGGAUGGCCCGUGCGAGCAGAACUGCACCGACGUCAACGGCGGCUUCAGAUGCUCCUGCUUCAGAGGGUUCGCGCCCGACCGCAUGGACCCCAGGCGCUGUGCGGUCCACUGUGCCCGGGAAAGAUGCCCCGCCGUCUGCGAGAGAAACUCCAAUGACGGUUGCCUCUGCCCCCCAGGCUUCAUCUUAAACGGCAAAAUCUGCGAGGACAUCGACGAAUGCCUGAUGGACGGAUGUGACCAAGGGUGCAAGAACACCUUUGGCAGUUUUUACUGCUCCUGUAAAGACGGCUACGUGCUCAAAGACCAGGUGAAAUGCGUCCAAGCGACGGAGGGGCAUCUGGUCCUCACCACUCCCUCCGUCAAAGGCUACGCCAAACCCGACAACCGCACCCGAGGUUCCUCCGCGACGACGGGCACUUUUAUCUGGCUGUGGAUUGUGGCCGCUUUGUGCGUGGUGGUCUUUAUAUGCGUGGUGAGGCUUUGUGUCGUUAGGCGCCAGAAGCGCAGAGAGCAGAGUUCCCACCAGAUGUCAGGUACCGCAGCGGGAAAUUCUUAGAGUCGAAAAUGCCAACGCUGGUUCCAGCUUGUGCCUCGACUCACUCAAUGGUUGGAUUUGAUGUCAUUAUUAACGAGCAAUCCAGCUUUGUAUGCAUUUCUAGUGUCGCAGGAACUCCACGAAAUAACCUUCGGGAACUUCCGGCAACAUCCAACUUUGCACUCGGGACAUUUAGACUUACUUUUGUCAAGUUUUUGGUAGGUUGAUUUCUGCACGCAAGCAUUGUUUUUGCAGUUAUGGUAAAAAAUGUACUUGAAGAAGACAUUUGUGACAGACAAAGUGCUGACCAACAGCUUUACAGUUGCCAAGUCCAGCUCAAAGAGGAAUACCACUAAAUGGAAGGUCGUUUUAGAGCUGAAAGAGACACAGUUUAUUUGGGAGUCGAGCCAAAAGAGACGACUCUCAAACAAAAACUGAACUUCACAUCACAGCAAGGACUAGAAUGAAUGUUAUUCUCUUUGUUAGAGUGCCAUCUAGUGUGGGUGAUAGCACAGUACACUUCAUGCAAGCACGUGUGUGUGUGUGUGUGUGUGUGUGUGUGUGUGUGUGUGUGUGUGUGUGUGUGUGUGUGUGUGUGUGUGUGUGUGUGUGUGUGUGUGUGUGUGUGUGUGUGUGUGUGUGUGGAGGGAUUUUUUUCAAAUGGACUGUGUGUCGCUUUUAAAAGUGCUCCCCCACUGGCCAACAUAUGAAAUAACAAGUGUGUGCAAAAAAUUGAAAUGCACCCUUUUUGGCCAAAAUUAAUUUAAAAAAGUUAAAUAAUGCUGUAAUAACUUGAAGGAAAUAAUGAAGAUAAAAAAUAUAUAUUUUUUAAAAUAUCUAAAAGCAGUCUUUUUCUUACAAUGUCUCGACUUUUUUCUUUUAAAAUUGGGAAGAAUUUCUCACAUUCUUUCUGUUUCUGUUACAUUGCAAUAUUUUCUUGUAAAAGUAUAACUUUUUAAUGUAAAAAUAUCAAUUUUUAAUGCAAAAUGGUGACAUUUGUCAUAUAAAAUUUCAUACUUAUCACAAUAUUGCCAUUUUUUCUGUAAAAUAGUGACUUUUUUUGAGGAAUAUUAUUAUUUUUGAUUAAUAUUAUUUUUUACGUGUUUUGGGAUCUGUUUUUAAAUUGGUUUUAGGAGUCUUUUUACAUGUUUUUAGGAGUAUUUUUCCAUUUUUUAAGAGUUUUUUACAUGUGUUAGGAGUCUUAAUGUGUUUUAGGAGUCUUAUUAUGAGUUUUAGGAGUCUUGUUAUGUGUUUUAUGAGUAAUUUACGUUUUAGAUGUCACUGUGCAUCUCUUCAGAGUCAUUUUAUGUGUUUUGGAGUCGGUUUUAAUGUUUUAGAAGUUGGUUGUUGUGUUUGUAAAUGUUUUACUCGUCAUUUAAUGUGUUAAGUAAUUUUAUGCAUUUGUGUUUCGCACAAGAGGUAGAAAAUCUGGAAUCUGACUUCUGUCAUAAUUUUGCCAAGUAAAAUCCCGAUUAUUAUAAUAUCGCCAACAUUUUAAAGUUUUCCUAUAAAGUUCUGACUUUGGUCGAGUAAAAUUACGACUUCAAAAAUUUAAGCGUUUUUUUGUAAACUUGCAACUGUUAUUGAGUAAAUGUCCAACUUUUUUCAUAAUAUUACAGUUUUUCUUGUAAAAUGUUGACCUGUAUUGAGUAAAAUGACGACUUUUAUUAUAAUACUGCAUACUGUAAUAACUUCAAGAAAAAUAAUAAAGAUUAAAAAACAAUUACAAAAUCAUUUUUUUUACAAAUAACUAAAAGCAGUCUUUUUCUGACAAUGUCUCGACUUUUUUCUUUUGAAAUUGGGAACAAUUUCUCACAUUUUUUCUGUUUCUGUUAUAUUGCAAUAUUUUCUUGUAAAAGUAUAACUUUUUAAUGUAAAAUUAUCCAUUUUUAAUGCAAAAUGGUGACAUUUGUCAUAUCAAAUUCUGACGUAUCAAAAUAUUGUAAUUUUUUGUAAAACUGUGAAUUUCUCACAUUCUUUCUGUUUCUGUAAAAUUACAAUAUUUUUCUUGUAAAAGUAUCACUUUUUAAUGUAAAAUUAUUACUUUUUAAUGAAAAAUGGUGACAUUUGUCAUAUCAAAUUCUGAUGUAUCAAAAUAUUGCAAUUUUUUUUGUAAAAUAGUGACAUUUUUUGAGUAAAAUUAUGACUUCUGUCAUAAUUUUGCCAAGUAAAAUUACGAUUAUUAUAAUAUUACCCAAAUUUUAAAGCUUUCCCAUAAAGUUCUGACUUUGGUCGAGGAAAAUUACAACAUCAAAAAUGUAAGAUUUUUCUUGUAAAAUUGCGACUGUUAUUGAGUUAAAUUCCAACUUUUUCAUAAUAUUGCGCAUCUUCAGUUUUUCUUGUAAAAUUUUGACUUGCGUUGAGUAAAAUGACGACUUUUAUUAUAAUACUGCAUACUGUAAUAACUUCAAGAAAAAUAAUGAAGAUUAAAAACCAAUUACAAAAAAAUAUUUUUAAAUCACUAAACGCAGUCUUUUUCUUACAAUGUGUCAACUUUUUCUGACAAAAUUGGGAACAAUUUCUCACAUUCUUUCUGUUUCUGUAAAAUUACAAUAUUUUCCUUGUAAAAGUAUAACUUUUUAAUGUAAAAUUAUUACUUUUUAAUGAGAAAUUUCAACAUUUGUCACAUAAAAUUCUGACUUAUCACAAUAUUGCCAAUUCUUUUGUUGUUCUUGUAAAAUAGUGACAUUUUUUGAGUAAAAUUGUGACUUUUGUCAUCAUUUUGCCAAGUAAAAUUCAGAUUAUUAUGAUAUUUAAAUUUUUUUAAAGUUUUCCCAUAAAGUUCUGACUUUGGUCGAGUAAAAUUAUGACAUCAAAAAUGUAAGCUUUUUCUUGUAAAAUUGCGACUGUUAUUGAGUAAAAUUCCAACUUUUUCAUAAUAUUGCGCAUCUUCAGUUUUUCUUGUAAAAUUUUGAUUAGCGUUGAGUAAAAUGACGACUUUUAUUAUAAUACUGCAUACUGUAAUAACUUCAAGAAGAAUAAUGAAGAUUAAAAACCAAUUACAAAAAAAUAUAUUUUUAAAUUACUAAAAGCAGUCUUUUUCUUACAAUGUGUCAACUUUUUUUCUUAUAAAAUUGGGAACAAUUUCUCACAUUCGUUCUGUUUCUGUAAAAUUACAAUAUUUUUCUUGUAAAAGUAUAACUUUUUAAUGUAAAAUUUUUACUUUUUCAUGAAAAAUUUCCACAUUUGUCACAAAAAAUUCUGACUUAUCACAAUACCGCCAAUUCUUUCGUUGUUCUUGUAAAAUAGUGAAAUUUUUUGAGUAAAAUUAUGACUUUUGUCAUCAUUUUGCCAAGUAAAAUUCAGAUUAUUAUGAUACUGAAAACAUUUUAAAAUUUUCCCAUUAAGUUCUGACUUUUGUCGAGUAAAAUUACAACAUCAAAAAUUUAAGAUUUUUCUUGUAAAAUUGCGACUGUUAUUGAGUAAAAUUCCAACUUUUUCAUAAUAUUGCGCAUCUUCAGUUUUUCUUGUAAAAUUUUGACUAGCGUUGAGUAAAAUGAUGACUUUUAUUAUAAUACUGCAUACUGUAAUAACUUCAAGAAAAAUAAUGAAGAUUAAAAACCAAUUAAAAACAAAAAAUUUAAAAAUAACUAAAAGCAGUCUUUUUCUCACGAUGUGUCAACUUUUUUCUUUUAAAAUUGGGAAUAAUUUCUCACAUUCUUUCUGUUUCUGUAAAAUUGCAAUUUUUGGGUGUAAAAGUAGAACUUUUUAAUGUAAAAUUAUAAUUUUUUAAUGCAAAAUGGCAACUUUUUUUCAUUUAAAAUGCUGACAUAUCACAAUAUUGGCAAUUGUUUUGUUGUUCUUGUAAAAUAGUGACAUUUUGUUUUAGUGAAAUUAUGUGUUUGUCAUAAUUUUGACAAUUAAAAUUCCGAUUAUUACUACAAUAUUGCGAAAAAUUGUAAAGUUCUCUUAUGAAAUUGUGACUUUUGAUGAGUAAACUUAGAACUCUUUUCAUAAAAUUGCCAAAAUGUUAAGCUUUUCUUGUAAAAUUGCAACUAUUUUGGAGUAAAAUUCCAACUUUAUCAUAAUAUUGCACAAAUGUUAAAAUUUUCUUGUCAAAUUUUGACUUGCGUUGGGUAAAAUUACGACUUUUAUUUUAAUACUGGAGGAAGGCAUUUUCUUCGGUGGUCUCAAGAAGGUUAACAAAUUAAGAGAAUGUGUGUGCGCGUGUGUGAAUUUGGGUGUGUGUGUGUGUGUGUGUGUUAUAUAAAGUGUUAUUGCACACAAAGCUGUGUUUGCAACAUUGUUUUAUUGUGAUUGAGCAACUAAUGAAAAACCAGUUUUAGUUUUAGUUUCAGUUUCAAGAUGAGGUAUUUUAUUUGACUGGAGCAACAUAAAACAAUUUACAGCAAGAAAUUGCAAUAACGGAUGUCCAAAGUCUGGCCAAUUUUUUGUCCCACAGCUUGUUUUGUUUUUAACGACUCUUGGCAUAUUCUAUGAAUGAAAUAAAAUCAUGGAAGGAUAAA